AGAGACCUUGCGUUAUCAGUAAUAGCUACGUAACAACACCGACUCUUGACCUUAUUGGCCAUUUCUGGAGCCAAUUUAGGACCAAUGAAAAAUUCGUUCCUGACCCCACCCCUAGGAAAGCUUAUAAAGGCUUUCCAAUUGCUGAUCUUUCAAUCCUGUUUGUUGCGAGAAUCUGAGCUCUAGGCCUUAUAGCGUGAUUUUUAAUUAUGUCUGGCCGCGGAAAGCAAGGAGGCAAGACCCGUGCUAAGGCCAAGUCGCGCUCGUCCCGCGCUGGCCUGCAGUUCCCGGUGGGGCGAGUGCACCGUCUGCUGCGCAAAGGCAACUAUGCCGAGCGGGUGGGGGCCGGCGCGCCCGUCUACAUGGCGGCAGUCCUCGAGUAUCUGACCGCCGAAAUUCUGGAGCUGGCGGGCAACGCGGCCCGAGACAACAAGAAGACGCGCAUCAUCCCUCGUCACCUGCAGCUGGCCAUCCGCAACGACGAGGAACUGAACAAGCUGUUGGGCAAAGUCACCAUCGCCCAGGGCGGCGUUUUGCCCAACAUCCAGGCCGUUCUAUUACCAAAGAAAACCGAAAGCCACAAAGCCAAAAGCAAAUAAAUCCAGACAAAGUAAACCAAA